GUUUUGAUUGUGCUUGCACGUGUUUUUGUAAAAGUGUAGCAAAUAAUCUUAAAAUAAACACAAUGUCCGACAAAUACGCAGUGCCUAACAAAUUGCCUGGCAAAACAGUGUCAGUGCUGAAGCACCGUAAGCGGCGCAUAACUCAAGAUGCGGCCGUCAUCGAACAGAAGCGCACGGAUCGCAUUAAGCGCUUCAAGGCCACAAAGACACAUCAUAAAUUCAGACGCGCUGAAUCCUUUGUCAUGGGCUACCUAAAGGCAGAGCGUACAGCCAACCGCAUUAAACAGACGAUACUACGCACAAAUAUAACAGAGCAGAGCGCUAAAGCGUCAGCCGAAACCAAUCCAAAACUGUUGCUGGUCAUGCGCCAUGCGGGCAAAAAGAUCUUUGACAAAACGACAAUGGAUGUGUUCAUGACACUGCGCAUGGCACAACGACACAACGCUGUGUUCUUGGCCAACACAAAGGAGAAUCAAAUAUUACUGCGUGUUAUAGAGCCAUUUGUGGUUUAUGGCCCUCCAACGCUAAACACUAUACGUGAGUUGCUGUUCAAGAAGGGCUUUGCGCGCAUUGAGGGUAAAAAGACGGCCAUACAGAGUAACACAAUGGUGGAGGAACAACUGGGCGACAAGGGCAUCAUUUGCUUGGAGGAUAUUAUACAUGAAAUCUUUACAGUGGGACCCAACUUUGCCGCCGUGAAUCAGUUCCUCUGCUCCUUUUCGCUCUCAAGUCCACGCGAUGGCUGGAAGAAGAAGGUAUCCGUUGCGUUUAAGCGCGGCGGCGAGUACGGCGAUCGUGGUACGGGCAUUAACGAGCUCAUUGCGCGCUGCCUGUAAAUCCAUCUAGUAGACUUAAAUUAAAUUCCUUUUGAAGCAACAACACUACAAACAAAUAAACAUUUAUAUA